CUGGAACUGGAAAUCUGACACCGUGUGAGAUGCAAAAGGGGUAUAUAAGAAAUCUUUAGUGCAAAUUAGUUUAGAUGUUUCGUUUCGACAUUGAAGAACAUCCUAACUUCCACUGAACUUCUCACUCAGCCAUGUCGGUCCGUCGUAGUAGUAAGACGUUCACCUCUCGGAGUGUGGUCGGGUCAUCUAACCUAAGUUCCUCUGGUGGACUGGUGAUGAACAGAUUGGGGAAUUCAGGAGCCUCUUUGUCUUUUGGUGCUCAAAAUUAUGGCAACGCUGGAGGCUUUGGUGCUCGCAUCUCCAGAUCUUUGUCCACUACAUCCUUGUUGACGGCUGGUUAUGAGGUCUCAUUGCAUAGCAAUGAGAAGCAGACAAUGCAAAACCUCAAUGACCGCCUGGCAUCUUACCUGGAGCGGGUGCACUCUUUGGAGAAAGCCAACAAGAAACUUGAGCUGCAAAUUAAGGAGUUUUAUGACAACAAGAGGCCAAUGCAGAGCAAAGACUUAAGUGCUUAUUACAAAACCAUUUCAGAGCUCCGCGCACAGAUUAACAGCCGCUUUGUGGAGAACGCUGGGCUCCGUCUGAAGCUGGACAAUAUCAAGCUUGCAGCUGAAGAUUUCCAUCUAAAGUAUGAAACUGAAAUGAACCUGCGUAUGGUUGUGGAAGCAGAUACGGCUCGACUGCGGGGGGUUCUGGGAGAGAUCAAACUUUCCAUUGGAGAUCUAGAGAACCAGCUUACUGGAUUGAAAGAGGAAUUGCAGUACCUCAAGAAGAACCAUGAAGAGGAUCUGCUUUUGUUGCGAGAGCAGCAUAGCGGCUCUGUUAACGUUGAGAUGGACUGUGCAUCUCCGGCAGACCUUAAUAAGGAGCUGGAGGAGAUGAGAGCUCAGUAUGAAAUGCUGAUUGAGAAAAACCGCAAGGAGGCUGAAAGAUGGUUCCAGAGCAAGGCAGAGACAUUGCAAACUCAGGUGACUUCCAGCUAUAAAGAAAUCCAGACAUCUCAGACUGAGAUCACUGAUCUGAAGAGAACUUACCAGAGCCUGGAGAUAGAACUACAGGGGGUUCUCACAAUGAAACAAAACCUGGAGGCGAGUUUGGCUGAUGUAGGUAUGCGCUACUCGGGCCAGCUAAGUCAGCUGCAGUUGCGCAUAGAUCACCUGCAGCAGGAGCUACAGAAAAUCAAUGCCAACAUUCAACAACAGGCUACAGAGUACCAGCUACUGCUGGACAUCAAGAUGAGGCUGGAGAUGGAGAUCGCUGAGUACCGGAGGCUGCUGGAAGGAGAAGCUCACACGACCGUCAUAAGCAGAUCUGAAUCUUCCAUGACUAAAACUGUGAAAGAGACAGAAACUGUGACCACCAAAAUGAUGGAGAUAGAGGAAGAGGAAGUGCAUAACCCUCACCUCCAGCGCAGAGUGAAGGUCAUUGUGGAGGAGCUUGUGGAUGGUAAAGUCAUAUCUUCUUCUGUUGAGGAGAACGUCCAAGAAGUUAGCUGAGAAGAUAAUGCAACAGCAGCAACAAUCUUACGUGUAAACCAUAAAGACAAAUGUUAAUGCUAAGGUGACCAUACAUGCUCUUUCACCCUUGCUGGGAUUUCUAAAUUGCCUAACAUUUUCUGGGUUUCGCUUUGUUGUCCUGUUGUUUUUGAUAAUUGAAUUUGAUAAUUGAAAAGUAGUUUGGCCAGUAGCGUGCAGGCAUUGCACAUAUUUAACCAAUCUUGGUACAGUAACACAGUAAACAAUUCUGUGGCAGUAAGUUGGGAUUGUUGGAAUUGGUCUUUUUUCUUGCACUAAGAAUAAAAUGUGUUUAUAAUUAAAAG